AUGCGUUGUUUUUGGGUUUUGUGGUCCCUUUUGGCGUGGAGUUCAGCUGUUCUAUGCACUGUCGGUUGCUUGUUCCCCUACUGGCUUAAAGGAGCACUCAAAUUCACCCUACCCGUCCAAAACGGUACCAAAGAUGCCUCUACGGAACUGCUCACCAGUCACAUCGGACUAUUUCGUCGAUGCGUCUACCCUGUCUACGCAACCUCCGCGCAAACCAAGUCACCAGCCACUGGUAUCUCCCUCCAGUCAAACUGUGGCCACUACACCUUCAGCGAUAUCCCCCACUUGACGUGGAAAGUUGGCCUAGUCACCUUGGCUGUUGCUUGUGUUUUGCUGUUUUUCAUCACCUUCUUCCUCUUUGUUUCUGGAUUCAAUAUAAGUCUUCUGGCCCAUUCUGGUGUGAAUAAGGUGUGCCAAUUCGGAUUUUUAGUCUCAGGUCUACUUGUGAUUUUUACCUGCGUCAUGUAUCCUGUCGGUUGGCGAAUGAACGACGAGGUCCGACAGAUCUGUGGCUCUUCUGCUGACAGCUUUAACCCCGGUGGGUGUGAUAUUGGUUGGGCCUAUAUUGCAACAAUAAUUGGAGGAUUUGUGUCACUACUGGCCACCCUUCUUCCUCGCUUCUUUCCAACACACACCGAACACCGUGUAUUAAGUGUCCCGAAACACAACCAGAUCGAGUUGCACAAUGGAGUGUUCGUCGCCGCAUCUACCCUCCCUCCGUUGCUGGCGAGGAACCCUAGUGUACCGACACCGACUGACCAGUCCUCGGUGCACCAGGGAAGCUGCAGCCGAAAGGCGAGCAGCGUCCAAGGCGCCUUUCCGACGCCGUCUCUGGAAACAAGUUUCUCGAGCAGCUACGGUGGCGCCUCGGGCUUUCGAGUUUUGGUGCCGGCAACUCCUGUCAUCAUUCAAUCGCCCUAA